AUGAAGGACGUGAAGCUCGUUCAAAUUUUAAUUAUUUCCAUAGCUGCCUAUUAUUUAUGUCUGUCCGAUACGCGACGAUUAUCGUCGAACUUUGUUAAUUUUUAUACAAACCUGUUAGAUGGGUUUUACCGUUCUAUCCGGCCUCGAAUGGAUCGCAACGUUUUUCAAGAUCCGGAAGCGUUUAUGACAACACCAGAGAUCAUUUCUCAUCGAGGAUAUCCAAUUGAAAUCCAUCACGUAGUUACAGACGAUGGAUACAUUCUAGCACUUCACCGGAUACCAAGUGGUAGGCGUGAAAUUUAUCCGCAAAACGCAACUUCCUAUUUAAAACGGAGACCGAUUUUCCUUCAGCACGGAAUGAUGGGAAACGAUCACUUCUGGUUAGUCAGUUCCACCAACAAUUCUUUGGCUUUUAUUUUGGCAGACCUUGGAUUUGAUGUUUGGUUAGGCAAUUCAAGAGGAAACACUUACUCUCGGAAACACGUCAGCCUUGAUCCGGACGAAGAUCGGGAAUACUGGAAUUUUUCCUGGGAUGAAAUGGGUCGAUUCGACGUCACGUCCAGCAUAGAUUACGUUCUUAAUGUAACCAGCGAAGAAACAUUGGCCGCUUAUGUCGGAUAUUCACUAGGCUGCUCACUCUUUUUCAUCAGCGCAAUCGAACGCCCUGAAAUGAACGAUAAAGUUGAUGUGAUGAUUGGGCUCGGUCCAACCGUUAGCGCUGCACAUUUAAAGAAUUACUUCCGUCUGUUGGCACCAUUCAUAAAGCUUUAUCAGCUUUAUCAACGUAUAUUUGGCAUCGGAGUUGUUCACACUAACGAUGGCGUACUACAUUCCGUUACCCGUUUAAUAUGCGAAACGAGUGAAUUUGGAGCUGAAUUUGGUCGCUACUGGCUGUCACAUAUUUUCGGGAAAUCGGAUGUGCUCAACAAUGACGAAUACUAUCGCUUAAUCGCCCAUUAUCCAGCGGGUGGCUCAGCAUAUACGAUGAUGCAUCUUCUACAAAACUAUAACAGCGGAGAGUCCUUAAGCUAUUUUGACUACGGGGAGGAAGAAAAUCACAAGCGAUACGGUGCAACACUCCCACCCGAAUACAACCUCACUUCAGUGACCGUGCCCGUCAUUUUAGUUCACGCCGAUAACGACCCAUUCGCACCACCAGAAGAUGUCUCUUGGUUGAAAACUAAGUUGAGAAAUUUGAAAGGCUCGAUACGGAUGGACAAUCCCGCUUUCUGCCACGGUGAUUUCAUUUGGUCUCCUCAUGCGGCCGAACUUGUUUAUCUACCCCUGACCCGUUUUCUACUGUCAUCCCACGAUUAAAACGGAAAAACAU